UUUUUUGUUCCAGCGCUAAGUCUGCACGUAUUUUGUUGGUUUCGGUGCUCUUCAGCUUAAGUUUAAAUUCAAUUUCAGUGAUAUAUACGUUCUGAUCUGCACCGCAAACGAGUGCGGCUUGUUGCGACUGAAAUUGCCCAUACGGAGCUACGUGAUUUUCCGGCCGUGGCACUUAACCGUUCGAGUAAUCCGCGUCGAUCGGAUGACGGAGUGAGGGAAGACUCAAGCGCGAAGCACAUUUUUGCGAGGUCUCGUCCACAGCGAAUUGAACGUGUUUUAAAAUAGUACAGAUAUGUUUCAAACGCGAAAAGAGGUGGACGCACAUGUUCACAAGAUAUUGGGAAAGCUCCAGCCGGGAAGUGAGCGCGACGUCAAAGGCUUGGCGAUAGCUCGACUGUACAAUAAAGUCCAGGAAUACCCAAAGGCAAUCGAAUACUUGAACGGCUAUCUCCGGACGAGGGACGACGCAGUAGGCCAUAAUUUGAUUGCCACCUGCUACAGUAGGCAGAACCCGCCGGAUGAAAAAAAGGCGCUGCAGCACUACCAACGUUCCAUUCAAAUCAAUCCGCGGCAGGCAGAGGUGGUCGUGGACGCCUGCGAACUAUUGCUAAAGGAGAACAACGCACUAAGCACGGAGUCAGCAAAAUUCUGGUUAGAUCAGGCUACUAGCCUUGAUUUGGGCGACAACCAAUAUGUUUUCAGCCUGCGAAUGCGGGUAAAUCUGAUGGAGAGCAACGGCAAUGCCGCAGACGGCGAGGACAACACUCUGGAGAUGCUUAUGCACAAAGAACUGCAGGCACGUCCACAGGAUGUGAAUGUGCGCGUUCAACUGUUGCGCAGCUAUGUGGAAAAAAAGAAAUUCGAACAGGCGUUUAACUACGCAUUGAAAACGGAACUGGAGUCCAAAGGCUGCACGAGCCAGUCCAUCGACUGGUACGAAAUGGUCUGGAUGGUCAUUGUCAAGCUGGAAAUGGCCAAGGAUGUGAAGAAGAACUGGCGAUUUUGGCACCUCGCGUUGCACGCCCUCGAUCGCCUCGUGCAGCUCGUCCUGGAGAAGGGCAGUGGUCUGGCAGAGGUCAGCAAUCAGUUGUUUAGACUUGAUCAAUAUCUAUACAAGUUUAGCAAUACGAUAGAGAAGGAUGCCCCGCAGCGGGAGUUCCACCAAUCCUGUGCUGACCACUACACCGGCCAGCUUCUGCUUCACGCGGUGACACUGAUUUUCAAACGUGAAGUGGUGGCAAACAAAAACAAAUGGAUGAGCACGCUACGCUCCGCCUUGCCGCUAUUGCUCCUUGGUUACCAGGUGCGACCGCUCGAAGAUUCGAGUGUCCACCACUGGAUGAAGCAUUGUGACGCGGAGCAGAAGCAAAUUAUACAGAUUUGGCGACCGCAUGGCGCCUUCCGAUGUGCCCAGCUUGGACGAACCCUUUUGGGUUGCUUGGACCGGUCACGAAUGGAAAUUGAAAGCCACAGGGAUAAUGACAACAUUAAUGAGGACAAAAUGUCGAGCAAUUUAUUGCCAGGACUAUUUGGCGACUCCGAAGAGCUGUUGGCCAGCGCUCACCAGCAGUGCUCGGACAAGAGCUGGCGCGGUCAACUUUACCAACAGCUCUUUACCCACGCCGAACACAAACUAAAGGAUACGUCUUCGCAUCUGGUGCGAAACCCGCGUCUGCAGUUGCCAAUAUUCGAGUGGCCCAAUCUGGCGCACAUCGAGACCUACGAACAGCAGGCGUUGGUGCUGCCGCCACAGUCCUUGGCCCAUCAUGUCUACCUGGCCCUGGGCACCGAUCCCAACAAUCUAGGAGAUGCGCCACGCGUUGUCUUUUAUGAGGGUCUCCGGCGGGAUGUUAAGCAGAAUCUUAACUACUGUGGGCACGAUUCAAUCAGCCAGGUGGACGUGGACCUCUACCUCUAUGCCGCAGUCAUUCAGACCAGACGGAAAUUGCAGCUGCAGCGUGAAGCGUAUGACAGCACCCAUUUGGGAAACCGCAAUGCUGCGGCCCGGCCGCAUAUGAUGCCAUUUGCCAAUCUGGUGGGCCAACUAGCCGCACCGGAGCAUAGUAAUUGGUGGGAUCUAGUGGUGCGACUUAACUCGAACCAGCUCACUGGUGAAGGUAAUCGCGCCGAGCAACGAGCUCAACUGCAAACUGGAUUGGAGGCAGUGCGCGGCGUGAAUGGCCCCAAAACAGAUCCCAUCAUCAUUUUUCAGUUGGGAAAGAUUUUGAAUUCCCGCUCGGAUAGUUCUUCUCUGGAGACACGUAUCGAUACCCUGUACAGGCAUGGAUUCUCAAUUUUACGCCGCCAGCACACCCAGCAGCUGGAUUCCUAUGUCCGCGUCUUUAAGUACGGAUCCGCCAACUCAACGGCAGCAUGGCAAGAUCUUCAAUCGUUGGCUGAGGAAGCCGUCACCUAUUUUAGCGCAAAAAUGUUCAGGAUAGGACAGUAUGAGCAGUUUUUGGAUGAGGUCCGAGGGCUUGAUCUGCCCAUGGCCCUCUAUAUGCAAUCGGAGGCGUGUCGUCACCUUGAGGAUUCUUCCAAGUUGCCGCGAAGCUCCCGAGUUCGGUACUCGGAGCGAAGACAGGAGUGCCUGCAGCAAACGCAAAAGUUAAUCAGAAAUGAUGUUAAGCACCCACUCACUUCGGCCAUUCAACGGGAGAUGCGUAGAUUCCAACAGGAACGCAAUAGUCGGGGCAUCGAUGAUAGCUUCGGCAGUCCGGAUGUGCAUAACAAUUCAUCCGCCUACGAGGAUGCAGAAGAUGACUUCUAUUCCAUCGCAGCUUUCCCUGCUAACCGUUCACGUCGCCAAGUGGAAGUCACCCCAGUCACUCCCAUUGUUGUGGCACAACCCAGUCAGGAGAUGGAGCAGACUGUCAAGCAGAUCAGCAAGUCUCUGUGUGUGCUCAAGGACGAUGUGAGUGUGGGAAUGGAAGCCAUGCGGCAGGAAAUCAAAGCCCUCACUGAGAAGUUCACUGGGCUGGAGGAGCUGCUUAAGAAGAUAAAGAUCAGCAGUCGAGACACGCCUACGCGGGAUGUGGAUCCUGCAGCAGCCUUAGGUUUGGAUGACCUCUUCAUCAUUGAGGAUGCACUGGCGGAGCAUCAGCAGCAGCAGCAACAACAACAGCAGCAGAGCCAGAACCAAGGUGCAGUCCACCCAGUCGUUCCAAAUCCAUAUACUCCUGGCUUCUACAACGGGGUUCCAAACACGCCAUCCGCCCAAGAGCGUUUUCUGCCGGGACCAUACGGGAGUCCCAUGUUUAACCAAAACCAGAUGUACAACUACUACGCUGCUCAGGCUCAGGCUCAAGCGCAAGCGCAGUUCUUGCGGACUCCUCCAGCUGCAGGAUCAAUUCCACCCCCCAAUAUGUUUGGUCCUCGAAAUCCAAACUUUGGCCUGCCGAGUAUGUUUCCCCCGCCGACUGUGCCUUCGGUAGCACCUUACAUCGACGCCAUGGGCAACUUUACCCAGCCUCCGCCAAGUCUGAUACCUCCUCCCGCUCAGCCAGCAGCGCCUGCGCCUCCCUUGAACAUCCUGGAGUCCAAGCCUGUGGGUGCACUGCCAACACCCGGAUUCUUUAACACGUCAACGCCGGGCUUCGGAGUUUCGCCCAUUCAAGUGCCGCAGUCAAAGCCCUUAAGUGUACCAACGGGGCCAAUUCCCGGCACUGCUUCUGCUCCACCAAAUGCUGCUGCUGUGAAUCCUGCGGCAACAACUGCUGUCCCGCCUCCUAUUCAUGUACCUCAAGUGGCUCCUUCUGUUCCCGCACCAGCACCCGCCCCUGUUAGUGUGCCGUCUAUGUUUAACCGUGCGUUGAACAAUCAGCCCGUGGAAAAGGAGCCGCCAGCCAAUGUGGUCAUAACCAGUUCAGAUCCAUUGCCGAAGCCCACGACUGCCAGUGUCCAGCCCACUUUAAGCGUGACCAUUCCAGCACAGCAUAUCAAGCCAAGUUUGGUUCAGGCACCGGAACAGCCGGCACAACCCGCACAAGCGGCACAGCCAGCGGUUCCAGCAGUAGGAGCAUUCAGCUUUAACUUUGGCAGCAAGACCUCCGAAAGUCCUUUUUCGUUCAAGACACAGGUGGCUAAGGCAGCAGCCGAAAAACAAAAGGAACAGGAGGAAGCUGAGCUUAACCAAAGUGCGGCUAGUGAUCUUAACAAAACUCUGCCACAAGAUACUUCAGCAGAUGAUUACGAUCCUCGUCCCGAUUUCAAGCCCAUCAUCCCACUGCCCGAUGAAGUGGAGGUUCGAACCGGCGAGGAGGGCGAGGAGGUCAAGUUUACCAGCCGAGCCAAGCUCUUCCGGUAUGCGGACAAGGAGUGGAAAGAGCGCGGUACGGGGGUAAUCAAAAUUUUAUGCGACAAUGCCACCGGCGUUUCUCGAGUUUUGAUGCGGCGCGAUCAAACCCACAAAGUGUGUGCUAAUCACAAAAUCACUGCAGACAUUACGAUAAAUGUUGCCACCCAGGACAAGGAUAAGAAAUCCCUUCUGUGGGCAGCAAAUGACUUUGCAGAUGAGCAAGUUACAUUGGAGAAAUUCCUGGUGCGUUUCAAAACAGGGGAGUUGGCUGAAGAGUUCAGAGUGGCUUUUAUAAAUGCAAGCGAGGCCGCAAAGUCAAAAGAGACAGUGAAAUCGACGGAAAAGACAGCGGAGCUCCCAAAAACCGACAAGGAAUCAACGGCGACAGCUCCUGCGGCAUUCAGUUUACCCAAGAGCUUUGUAACCAGCACCCCAGCAGCCAAUUCGCUAUUCAACAAGCCCCAGGAGCAAACGAAACCGCAGCCAAAGCCAGACCCACCAGCAACGGCAGCCAAGUCAUUGUUUGCAGCUCCUGCAACAGCUGCGCCUGCCUCUGCUGCACCAUUUGCCAGCUUUAGCUUCGGGGCAAAUGGAACAUCAGGAUUUGGAACAUCCAACGCCUCUCCUUUUGCAAACCUUUCCUUUGGCAGCGCUUCUGCGGUGGGCAGCGGCAACAACACAACCCUCUUCACCACGGCUUUGAUCAAAGACACUACAGUUCAAGGCCAAACGCCUCAGCAGUCUCAAUUGAACAAGUCUAACGCCUCGGACGCUGAAGACGAGUAUGUGCCCACCGCCCAGUUUGCGCCGGUUAUUGCCCUGCCCGAACUAGUGGAGGUGGUCACCGGCGAAGAGAACGAGGAUGUGCUCUUCGAGCACCGUGCCAAGCUUCUGCGUUGGGAUAGGGAAGCGAAUGAGUGGAAGGAGCGCGGUCUUGGUAAUAUGAAGCUCCUUCGGGAUCGCACUGAUCCCAGCCAGAUUCGGUUGCUGAUGCGGCGCGAGCAGGUCCAUAAGCUGUGCUGCAAUCAGCGUCUGCUGCCCGAGACCAAGUUCAGCUAUGCAUCGAACAUUAAGGCAGCCGUCACAUGGGGUGGUCAGGAUUAUUCCGAUGAGGAGUUAACCACCGCAUUGCUCGCUGUGCGCUUCAAGUCGCAAGACGUCUGUCAGGAAUUCUUCGAAGCCGUGCAAAAGGCGCAACAAAGUAUUGGAAAGGAACCAAAGAAGGAGAAGGCCGCUUCUGCCGCUGGAGAAAAUGUUAAGGAGAAGGAGAAGCCAAUAAAGGGCUUUGGGGAUGCCUUCAAGCCCAAGGCAGGCAGUUGGAACUGCCAGGCCUGCUAUACCAGCAAUGGCCAGGAUCAGCUUUACUGUUUGGCCUGCCAGGAGCCCAAAGAUGCCACUGUUCCCCCCAAGCAAUCGGGACUGGACCAAGGGAACGCCUUAAACCUUACCACUGGCUCCUCAAGCAAGUUUUCUUUUGGCUUUGCCCCAGCAGCUCUUCCCGCCACUGGUGGAUUUAGCUUUGGAGGCGCUACCCAGCAAAGUGAAAAACCGGUAGUGGCAGUUGUGACCGCCUCGGUUUCAGCUCCUACGGCUGUUGCUCCAGCUCAAGCGGCAGCCCUUGGCUUUGGAAAGCCUUCAACCACUUCUGGAUUCGGAGACGCCUUCAAACCCGCUGUCGGUAGUUGGUCAUGUAACGAAUGCUAUGUGAACAAUCCUGGAGAGUCUCUUUACUGCAGCGCCUGUCAAGCGCCCAAGAAUGACACGGUACCAAAGAAGGAAAACUCACUAGGAACGGGACUUAAUCUGCCCGCUUCCACCCAGUAUAGCUUUGGUUUUGGAGCUCCAGCAGCUAGUAACAAGGAUAAGACUGCUGAUGGCGCCAACAAGACCAGCAAUGUCUUUGGAUCCGCCACCUUCAACUUUGCGGCUCCGGCAAUGCCCGCAGCUGUCGCUCCUGCUACCUCAAUUGGCUCCAGCAGCUUCACCUUCUCCAUGCCCAAGCCCGGCCAGCAGCAGCCAAAGAGUCCAGCAGCUAAUGAGGGCGACGAUAACGAGUUGCACGUGGAGGAGGAGGAGAACAACACUUACUUUGCACCAGUAAUCCCAUUACCCGAUAAGAUCGAUGUGAAAACAGGUGAGGAGGACGAGGAGACAUUGUAUGUGCAAAGGGCCAAGCUGUACCGACUGACCGAGGGCGAGUGGAAGGAGCGCGGCUUGGGGGAUGUGAAGAUCCUGCGCCAUAGGCAGACCAAAAAGCUGCGCGUGGUCAUGCGUCGGGAGCAGGUGUUCAAGAUCUGUCUUAACCAUGUGCUCAACGAGAAUGUGGUGUACAGGGAAAAGACUGAAACAUCGUGGAUGUUUGCUGUACACGAUUUUAGCGAGGGGGAGAGUGUCCUUGAGCGAUUCACUCUGCGUUUCAAAAACAAGGAGGUGGCACAAGGCUUCCACGAAGCGGUAAAGAAUGCCCUUAAUGGAACAGCAAAGGCGAUAGAAGAUGCCCCAGAUUCCAAAUCAGCGGAAGCAACGAAAGCAAAUAGUUCCUCAAAUGAACCACUUAAAGAGAAAGGUGGUGAGGCAAAGAGCAACAGAGGCGAACCGGAAGUACUUGUCGGCAAAACCUCGACUGUAAGGGCAACCACGCACGAUGUAAUCCCUCCACUUCCCAUGACCCUUCCCCUACUAACUCUCCCCCAGCCUAACAAGCCUAACAAUUCCCUAUCAUCCACCACCUCCAUAUUCAAAGCCAGUUCGCUGAGCGCAAAUAACUCCUCGUUCUCGGGAUUCGGUAAUUUAUCUGUGUCGGAGGCAAGCAAAACGUCUAGCUCGGCAUUCCAGUUCGGUAGCACGGAUAAAUCGGAGCCUAAAAAAGAUGCCGAUCCCCUAGCCAAUCUUCAAAAGUUAGCAUCAGGCGAAGGACAAGGAAACGUAUUGGGAUCUAUAUUCCGCAGCGGCUUGUCAAACGAAAAUUCGGCUGACGAUUCUGCCAAGUCCAUUUUCGGCGGUGGAGAUAAAUCCGCUGAGCAGCAGAAGAAGGAUUCGUCAAAGUCUAUAUUCGGAGGCGCUAAAGUGGAUGCCCAAUCACCACCGAUCCAAGACGCACCGAAGCCGAUCUUCGGUGGAAUUGCCGCACCUGUAUUCGGAGACGCCAACCCAUUUGGAGGCCCUAAAGUUGAUUUACAAAAAUCAGAUGGCAAGGAAGCACCAAAGUCUAUCUUCGGUGGAUCCCCAUCUAUUUUUGGAUCCUCCAACGCUUUCGGAAGCACCAAAACCGAAGGUUUUGGAGGUGCACCAGCCGGUGGCUUUGUGUUCGGUAGUGGCAUCAGUAGUGCACCCAUUUUUGGACAAAAGCAACCCGUCGUCUCAUUCACGGACUUGGGCAAACAGGCAGCCGCUGACAAUGAGAAGGAAAAGGACAUAACCUCGAAUAAAACCGCCGGCGUUGAAGAAAAGAGUAAGGACAAGACGGAAGCGUUGCCGGAAACCAGCACUUUUGCCGAUUUGGCCAACAAGGCCGGCAGCACAUUUGCUGAUUUGGCAAGCAAACCGGGCGGCACUUUUGCUGACUUAGCGAACAAGGCGGGCAAUGACUUUGCCAACCUUGCGGCCAAUAGCCCGGGCACUGCCGUGGGAUUCAACAAGUCCGCCGGGGGCGGAUUCUAUAACCUCACGCAUCAGAACGCAUUCAAGAACUUCCAGUCUUCGCCGCAAACAGGCAAAAACGACUCUGGCACCGCAGAAGGUGGCGAUGAUGAUGGCGACGCCACCACUGAUGACAACUACGAUCCGCACUAUGAUCCCAUUGUCGAGCUGCCGGAUGAGAUUGUAGUCACCACUGGAGAGGAGAACGAGACUAAACUGUAUGGCGAGCGGGCGAAGCUUUAUCGGUUUGACCCCGAAUCCAAACAAUGGAAGGAGCGAGGCAUCGGUGAGAUAAAGGUGCUGGAGCACCCGGAGCUGCAGACAUUCCGACUGGUCAUGCGGCAGGAGCAGAUCCACAAGCUGGUGCUUAAUAUGAAUAUCUCCGCCUCCCUACAAAUGGAUAACAUGAAUGAUCAGAAAAAGAGCUUCUUGUGGGCCGGUUACAACUAUGCGGUGGACGCAGAGGGUAAGGUGGGCGCCGAGGGCGUCUUGGAACGCCUUGCCUGUCGAUUUGGCAAGGAGGAGACCGCCGAUGAGUUCAUAAAAACGGUCAAUUCGUGCAUAGAACGUACCAAGGCCUUGCACGGUGAUGAGGAGGACGAGAAUGACGACGCGCCGGAGGAGCAGGAGAGCUCAUAAGCAAACCGGAUCUAAAUAUAUUGUAGCAUGUCUAGGAUUGUGUUAGAAUAUUCCUCCUAAAUAGUAGCGGAAAUUGCUAUUUCACAUUUUCCUAAUAAAACUUUGAUAAACAUUAA